GUCUUGAUCAGGGUUGAGGAACUGACAGCCCGCUUGGCAUUCCUGGACCACAAAUCCCAGCAGUCUCAGCCAGCUGGGAAAAGGGGAGGGAUGCUGAGAGUUGAGGCUGAACAACAUCUGUGGGCCAUCAUGCUCUUUAUUCCCCAGUUUCCAUUGACUGCCAGAUGUUGGAUGUGCAACACGCUUCUCAAAUGAUUCUCGCUAAAAGCCAUCAAAACCAAUCUAGGAAGGCCCAACUGAAAAUCACCAGCGUUACAGCCUGCAGUGUGAUUUCAGUUUUUCUUCCUCUUAUUUUCAGGUAGGCUUCUGCAUUCUCCAGUUGCCAAGAUAACUUGGAUUUGGUAAGACGGGCAGCCAGAAGCCUGGGGCAUGGGGCCAUCCUGAGAUAUCUGGAAAGUGUCUUCUUCCCUGGAGUUCCAACAUCUCCCAUCUUCCAGCUUCUGCUUGGAUCUGCUGCUCCCAUCCGAGGGGCAUCCUGGAAGGGAAGGCAACGAGGCCUCUGCCGUGGGAGGAAUCCCUGAGGGCUUCCUUGUGGCAAACCAACAGGGAGCUCAUGGCAGUGUGGGCACAUUCCCCACCCGCCCGUUGACAGAUGUUUCCACCACCCAGUGCAAAAUGAGCCACAGCGCCAGUUCCCACCUGGCUGAUUCUCCUCAGCUCUCCAAGAGGACCCUGCUCAACAUCCUCGGGAGCCCCCAGCCAGAGAGGAUGAGCCUGUCAGACUCCAUGCCACCUACCCCAAAGAGCGGCACCCCUUCCCCUGGCCCGCCGCAGCUCCCCCUGCUGAACUCCACCUGCCAUGACAGUGACUGGGAGAGUCGGGAAGAGUUGCACUUGCGAGAGCUGGAGGAAGCCCGUGCCCGAGCCGCCCAGAUGGAGAAGACCAUGCGCUGGUGGUCCGACUGUACCGCCAACUGGCGGGAGAAGUGGAGCAAGGUCCGGGCGGAGCGCAACAAGGCCCGGGAGGAGGUGCGCCAGCUGCGCCAGAAGCUGGAGGCCUUGAGCAAGGAGCUGACCAGUCUGAAGCGGGAGAAGCAGGAGGCCCUGAACGAGAACGAGCAGCUGGUCAAGGAGGUCGCCCGCCUGAAAGGCGAAGGCCAGGAGGGGGAGAAGGAGAAGGAGAAGGAGCUGGACAACCGCAUCGUCUCCGAGAAGGAGACCGAGGCCUCCCCGGAACAGGAGCCCGUGCGGGACGUGGGCUCUGAGAAGGGGGUGAAAAAUAAGUCCCUGCAGGAGUUUGAGCUGAUGGAGAACCUCCUAAAGAACAAGCAGGAAGAAGGUGAAUGCUGGGACCAACGGAGCUCGGUCAGCGUCCGUUCGUCCUUCACUCGUCAGGAGAGGAAUCGGCUGCUUUGGGAAGAUGUCUCGGCCAUCGAGGAGGAUGCCACCAAGAUCACUGCCCUGAAGCUGCGGCUGGACGAGUCUCAGAAAGUGCUUCUCAAAGAACGGGAGGACAAGCUGUCCCUCAGCAAGAACAUUGAGAAGCUGGAAGGUGAGCUGAGCCAGUGGAAGAUCAAGUAUGAGGAGCUGAACAAGAACAAGCAGGAGGUGCUGAAGCAGCUGAACAUUCUCAAGGAGAUUCACCAGGAUGAGCUGGGACGCAUCUCUGAGGAUCUAGAAGACGAACUGGGGGCUCGCUCAAGUAUGGACAAGAAACUGGUGGAGUUACGGUCAGAGAUGGAACGCCUCCAGGCGGAGAACGCAGCAGAAUGGGGCAAGCGCGAGCGGCUGGAAACGGAGAAGCUGAAUCUGGAACGGGAGAACAAGAAGCUGCGGUCGCAGAUCGAGGACUUGGAGGACAUCCUGGCCCGGAAACGGAGGCAAACCACUUGUGCUCUUGACACUGAUUUUAAGACCAUCCAAGCAGAGCUGUUUGAGAAGAAUAAGGAGCUGGCUGACCUGAAGCACGUCCAUGCCAAGCUGAAGAAGCAGCACCAGGAGAAGAUGGCGGAACUGGGCCACACGGUCCGGCGGGUGGAGCAACACGAGGGGGAAGUGAAGAAGCUGCGGUUGCGCGUAGAGGAGCUGAAGAAGGAACUGGCCCAAGCUGAGGACGAGCUGGAUGAUGCUCAUAACCAGGCCCGGAAAUUGCAGAGGUCGCUAGACGAGCAGACAGAACAGAGUGAAAAUCUCCAAGUCCAGGUGGAACAUCUGCAGUCCAGGCUUCGCCGGCAGCAGAACCUCCCUCUUUUUGGGAAGAUCCGUGGGUCGCGCUUUGGUCCGGAUGAUCCUGGCGACGGCACCAGUGACUUGGACGAGGAGGAAGACUUGAAAAUCCAAGUCCCGUAGCAGCUGGUUCCAAGUCUGGAGACACUGAAGGAUGCUUUUGAAAGGCCAAGAAGUUCUGGAGCUGAGCCCAGUGGCUCCUGGGGGAGAUAGUUCCUUGUCCCACCCUAGAGCCUCUUCUUUUGCCCAACUUGAAGGAUGAUGAAAGAGCUCUAAGACAGAUGACAUCAGCACCCAUGUGCUGGCCUUCAUCAAAAGAAGAUUUGUGCAGAAGCUCUGAGAAACUUUCUUGAAAGUCGUAUCGUAUCCCCUCUCUCUUCUCCCAGUUCAGCCCCAAUCCAUCAAACACCACUGCUGCUAACAAGAAGAACAACAUACUAUAAGCUUCAUGUCCCCCAAAGCAACGGGAACCAUCCUCGAGCAUGGAGGAUGGUUAACUGCACCUCUACAGCCUUAAUUUCUGUCCCACUCGAAGCUUCUGCUAAUGCCACCUUCCUUGAAAGGUUAAUCGCAAUAUCUCAGUCCCUGCAGAUCCAAGGACUUGGGGAUGAGUUCACCUGAUAUGGCAAGCCGGGGAGGGAACCAAAGUGUGGGAGAGAAGAAGUAGGGUUCUCUGUCACCAAAGGUCCCCUGAGUCCAGGCACUUUUGAAAUCAACUCUUCCCCAAACCAACCAGUCCAGGAUGUUCUGACGCAUCAGCCCCUCCGUAUCUCAUGAGUGGAACUGAUGCUGAAAAGCAAGGUCUGAAAAGACGGCAGUGGAAGCACCAGAAAAUCGGGGGGGUGGAUUUUUCCAUCUCAUUAGCCUACCUUUUAUAUAUAAAUAUCUAUAUGUAUAUGUUUUGUAUUAUAACAUUGAGCUAUCCAUGAAAUGCCUGCCUGCCUGCAGAAAGUUAACAGUGAAUUCUUCAUAUGCUAUGAUUCUUCAGGCCAUCUGUUUUGUGGCAAUAGACCUAAAAGGCCCAUUUGGAGUGGGGGGACUUGUGGCAUAUAUCUCUCCUCCCCAGCUGAUGCUUCUCCAGUUGUUAGGUUUUUAAGAGACUCCAGUAUUAAACCAUGGUUUCUGUGGCCUUCCCUAAUAGGCUGCCCUCCUGAUGGAUGAUCAUCUUCUCCUCCGUCUCCUUCUCCUUCUCCCCACUCCUCCCCCUCCCCCUCCUCCAUUUCAAAUCAACACUUGAGUCCUUAAAAUGAGCUGAAAGCCACAACAGCAGCUCUCUUGGGCUUUGGCACUGCUCUUUCGCAGAAUCCAUUCCUGAAUCUUCAAUAGACCUCUCUUCGAUGCCUCCUACAGCCACUCCCAGGAGUAUUGGGCCUCUUGGCCUUAGCACUCCAAUCACACUUUCUCUUGCAUUUCCCAAAUAUUCAACAGGUGGAUUUCUGGAGAUGGUAGGCCUUGGGCCCACCAUCUCACUGGCACAAAGUGUGCAUUUUAUUGUGGUGCUUGCCAACGGAAGACGUUUGACAUUUUUCUUCAGCCACCAGAAUGGCUGAAUUCUGAGAGUUCUCAUCCCGGUUCUGGCAGGGUUUAGCAUUCUACCUGAACGUGUGCCUUGUUUCCACGUUGCACUGUGCAGUCAGGGUUUCAAGCUCCAAUGGGAUUGAUAAAUUACAAUUGGGUGGGUUCACACAUGCCUAACCCACAUUAAACCUCAUUAUACAGUAGUUUAAUACAUUGGGUGGACCCAGUCACUGUAUGUGGGAUCUUUUGCCAAUUGUAGGUUCUGUGUAAAAGCCAAGGGCCAGUCCCUCUCUCUCAGCCCUGGGAAGAAGGCAGUGGUAAGCCACUUCUGAAAAGGCUGUCAAGAAAAUUGCAGGGUUUCAUCCAAGCAGUUGCCCAGGGACAAGAUUGACUCAAAUGACUCAAUAAGACUUGUUUUAAUCUGAGCUGCUCAUCCUAUCUCAACAGGUUUCAUCUUCCUUUUUACCAGUCCUGGGCACACUUUACCCCUGUGGUUUUAAGGUCCGGCUCCUGGAGUGAUUCCUCUAGAAAAGCAUUCCAAAGCUGUGGGGACUGAAGCUCCCAGAAUUCCCCAUAACACUUUUGGAAGGGUGCCACCGCCUGGGAAUUCUGGGGGUUGUACUUCCCACACAUCUCAAGAGCACCAAGUUGGAGAAGGUGUUCUAGGGGCCAAGACGUUUUACCUACAAUGCUGACUGAUCACGUCUGACAGCUUGCAAGGUGUCGUCUUGACCCAAAAGCUUGUCACAAAAUCUGGACCUCCAACCAGCUCAGCAUGGCAGCUCACAAGCAGGGCGGACCUUCUUGAUAGCUUAACCUCAAGAGAGAGGAAGCUCUCAUGCGGUAGCAUUUUGCAGGAUCACGGUGCAAAUAAAUUUGGUCACCAGCAAAAUGUUAGAAUAUAUACACUUUUGAUCCACUUGUCAUAAAUUUCAAAGCGUUUUGCAAAUGACAGCCAAGGAAGAUUUCCAAGAUGGUGGAUCUCCCUGUACCUCUGCCCCUUCCCAGUUCCUUUCCUAUUUUCCCCUCUCCCACGCUUCCUGCCUUUGCCAAAGAAUUCCAGAUCCUUUGCAUUUGCAACCUCAACUCUUGAAAUCGGGAGCUAAUAACUACUCAGGAAAUACAUGACAACACUCAUGAUUUGCUCUGUGUUGGUUGUGUUGGUUAGAGAGUUGGGGAUCCUUGUUGCAAUACAAUUUAGAUUUGUUUAGUACUGAUCUGAUUUGUACCUUAUUUGUAGCUGAUCUGAUGCUCUUCCUGAAGCUGUGAACAGAAGUUGGGUGAAGCUCCAGGACACGGAGUUCUCCCAUGGUACCAUCUACUUCACAGCAAAGGAAUGAUUCAUUCAACUUUUUUUCAAUAAACAAGAAUUUAUACUAAA